AUGUGGGAAUUUCGCGUGAACCUUGCAAACGGCGUCAAGGAAUCAAAGUACCCCGUUUGGACCCGGGCCAACAACUAUAAAUCCAGUGAUGCCAAGGGCGUCGAGUACAACGAACUAAUGAGGGCCAAUGGAGGCACCAGCCUGGACUAUAUUGGUCUUGAUCCAUAUCUCUCGGACCUGGACGGCCUGUAUGCCUACGGCCACAAGACCAUCAGCACUUCAGGGACUCAAGUCAAUGCUUGGGGCAAGAAUCUCGUCAUGGCCAUGGAGAACGGGGGAGACAUCACUAAUGCGCCAAAUGCCGUGCUAGCUACAUUGGCUGGCGGUGCCCUCUACAACACCUAUGAGAUCUACGGCCCCGACGGGUAUGGCCUGUAUGUGCCCACCUCUGACAGCGACUUUACGCCCGUGGCUCGUGGGAGCUAUGUGGCCGACGUGAAAGUUGUCAACAACAUGCUCAAGAAAAUCGGUCAUGAUUUGGCCUCGAGGGUUCCCCUGUCGGUUGGUGGCACAGGUAUUGCCUUUUACAAUUACCUCGCCUCCGACACAACCUCGACGUCAAAUUUCCAGGCUUUCAAUGUGACGUACGAGACGACAAACACUACGGGAGUCGGCAUUUCCACUGUUCGAACGGGUACAGAGCUUGCUUUUGUGAGCAGCCAAGACGCUACUUUCACACUGUCGAGUGCGUCAGCUUACAAUGUGGUGUCUGCUGAGACAGGAAGCUACAAUGGUGGGACAACCUGGUCCAAGGACGAAACUGCUACAUACAACAGCAAAGACGGUGAUGUUGAUUUUUCGAUUGCUGCGGGCGAGUGCAUUCGCAUCGUGUUUGAAGAAACCGUCGCUACUUAG